CAUGACAAUGGCAACCACAUCAGACCUAGGAUUGACCAAAGAGCAACUUGAGAAGUUUGAUAACGACGGCUACCUCAUUAUACCCGAUUUCUUUACCAAAGAUCAAGCACAUAAGCUCAAGUCAAGAGCCGAUGAUUUGUUACAGAACUUCAGUCUUGAUGGUCACCCGUUGACUAGGUUCUCCACUGGUAGUACCGAAGAUAAGAAACAUAUUGGGGACAAUUAUUUUUUGGAUAGUGGGGACAAAAUUCGAUUCUUCUUUGAGGAGGGUGCAUUCGAUGAUAAUGGCGACCUCAAAUACCCUAAAUCUCGGGCCAUUAAUAAAAUUGGCCAUGCUCUACACGAAUUAGACCCGGCUUUCAAAGAAUUCUCCAUCACACCAGGCAUGUCGGCAAUUGCUCAUAGUCUAGGCUUUGAGAAACCUCAGGUUCUUCAGUCAAUGCUGAUCUUUAAACAGCCUUAUAUUGGAGGAACCGUUCCAAUUCACCAAGAUUCUACUUUCCUCUAUACUGAACCUGUGUCUGCUGUUGGUUUCUGGUAUGCACUCGAAGAUUGCACUGUAGAGAACGGUUGUCUUUACUUUAUCCCGGGGUCACAUAAGACAACUCCAAUAGAUCGUCGCUUCGUUCGCGCUCCUCAAGGUGGUGUCACUUUUGUUGGUGAAGGGGAGCUCAAGGUGGAUGAGACCAAAUUUGUGAAGGCUGAAGUGAAGGCUGGCACUCUUGUAUUGAUCCACGGUUCAAUUGUCCACAAAUCUGAGAACAACUCGUCCCCCAAUUCUCGUUACAUUUAUACCUUCCACGUGAUUGAAGGCAAUAACAACUACCCUAAAGAUAACUGGUUACAACCCAGCGAUGCCAUGCCUUUCACCUGUCUAUAAGCCAAAUCCAAUGGCAACGUAUAUAGGAUACAAUAGUAAAUUUGG